AUGGCAAACAAGGAACAGAAGGAAUUACAGAAGGUGUUGAAAGAAUACCCGGUUUUCAAGGAGCUUGAGAGUGGCAGGGUAAGUUUUCUUAUCUAGAAAUUUUAUUUUUGCUUUAUAUCUAAAUUUUUUCUCUAAAAAUCUAAUUUAUAAUCUGUAUUUUAGCUCCAGUGCCAACUAACAGGACACGAAGUGCCGAACACAGCUAAACAUGUUCAAGAUCACGUGAAAACAAAGCGAUUUGUCAAUGAAUGGUUAAUCAAGAAGGUUAUCGAUGAGUACGAGGAGUAUUUUGAGAAUCUUGGGCAAGUAUUCUUGAAAUUUAAUUUAUUUUGUGUUUAGGCACAACCUACUGGGUUGCAAGUUAACUUUGAAGACAAUUGCGAGAAAAGGGAAGGAUUUGGAACACCACAUCAAUGGGCAGAAGUUCAAGAACGCUUGGAAGAAAGGUAGCUAACAUAAUAUCGACAAUUUGAUGCUAAUUUUGAUUUACUUUUUGCAUAUUUUACACGGAAAAGCUUAGAAGCGGCUUUUGUUUUAUUAAGGAUAGGAUUUUUUCGAAAUUCAUUAGAAUUUGUUCAAAAUGUAUAUGUUAGUCAACAUCACUUACCAAUCUUUAUAACAACAUCUUUUUUCAGAACAAGAAAAGAAGGCUGUUGAAGCAGCUCAAGAAGGUGGUUCUGAUGGAGAAAAGCCAGAUGAAACGCAAUCUGAUGCUGAAAUGGAAGAAGAACCAGUAGAAGUGGAAGAGAAGAAGCCUAAAGCAACCUCAAAGGCUAAAGCCGGCCAGAAAAGGAAGAUUGUGGUCAAAAGAAAGAGUGGUAAAGUUGCCAAAAAGGCUUGA